AUGUCGAAGGGUCUCGGAGUCGACUUGACUACAAAAGUGGGCACGGGUCACUGUCCGGCCCGGGCGUGUACCGCGUCCAGAUCGGACACGUGGACGGUCGAGAAACGUGUCGGUCUCGAUUGUCCUCGUCGAGGGUCUUCAAGUGAGCGCCGACUGUCGCGCGCCAUUUUGCUACAGCCGUCGCCGUUGGCAACCGCGCCGGACUGCGACUAUUGCCUCACGUCGUCGGCAUCUUCGCGGACCAAGCAGAGCCGUGCGGAGGCGAGUGACCGCUUCGGGGGUCUCGUGGACCGAGAGGGCGGAAACUGGGCCUGUUCGAGCCCGCGCUACUGUCGUCAAGGCUCACCGGAAGACGCGGCAGAGUGGCCUCCCGUUGCCACCCUGAACAGGGCUGAGCUCAGCCCUACAGAGCGUCGGGUGAAUGGGCUUCUUAGGCGGCCUGUCGACUUGGGACUCGACAGCCUCCGUCGUUGUGCGUCUCUGCUGUCGACACGCGAGCGGGCAGGCCGUCGUCAAGUUGGCAGGUUCACAUCUUCUCGAAAAUGA